GAUCAGCAUUUCAGCCACUAAGUUACUGUGUAGCCAUCCAUCGUAAGCCGCAGCUGCAGGCGGAAGUGGAAGGUCUCUAGGUCUUUCUGGGGUGGCGCUGCCGCUUCGCAUGGCUGGCUUGUGAUUGAAAGCACACAUGGAAUCUACUCGACUGCUAGUACUUUCCAAUCCUCCUACUGUCAUCCAUUCUUGCCGUCAAUAACCUAUUUCGCUUGAAGACCCAUUUCACCUUGGCCCUGCGAUCCCGUUGAUUGCCACCGUCACUGUCCAGCGCAUCCCCCGCGAUCUUGAGAUCGCCGGACAUUCGAACGGAGAGACCUCAUACGUUGUGAGAUGCUGAUCCGUGUCUAGUGCGCAAUGAUCUCUCGAUAAUACAUUUCGCAGACGACCCCAUGGCGGCGUAUGCAUCCUCGUCCUCUUUCUCGAGCCAGACCUCUUCCACUUCAGGCAGCACAUUGCCAUCAUCCAGGUCCAGCUGGACCGAUCACAAAGACUCCAAACCGGGCUCUGGCUCAGAGAGGGUCUUUCCGCAUAUCAAGGACAUCAUUCAAGAUGCCACCACUACAUUCCAAGAGGACGGCUCGCUGGGGCAGUGGCUGAACGAUGUCGAAACAUGCAUCGCGACCGCAAAAAACUCGGUCGACUUCCGGAGGCCGGACGUGGCAUACAAGCACUACCUUCGCGCUUUCGAGAUCGCUGUCAACCACAUUCCCAAGCAUAGGGAUUAUGGCCUCUGGGAUAACAACCAGUCUUGGAGCAGCAAGUACAGAGCUGCGCGACGGAGGUUGAAUGAGAUGGAUGAUCAGAUGACCCAAAUCAAAGCCCUGAUCGAAGACAACAAUGCACGACACGGGACCCAACCUCGGACAGUGUCGAGGAAACCUGUCUAUUCUACUGGUUUCGGAGUGCCUGCUACGUUGACGCCAGGAGCAGGCCGACCUCUCUCGGUGGGAGAUCAUAGCAACCCAACGGGUCAAGGCGUACCUCGACCUUCUUCAGACUUUCCGGAAUCUCUGCGGAUAGACCGCGCACGUCCGAUCAGCAAGCCCAAGCCCGAAGGACUGCAGGGAAGGCCACUUACCGAAGCUCCUAACGAUCUGAGCCAGCGAUUCGCUCGUCUGCGGGGAUUUGGGAAUGCUAAAGAAGAUACAACCAUCAUUUCGAUGCCCAAGCCGAGUGACUUCCAGCCAGGUGCUGGAUCCGCUCCCCGACCGCAAUCAUAUGUGCCACAUUCUUCUUCGAUGCUCAAUGGCUCCCCGAAUUCCCGAGUGAAUGGGCCUCGACAAAUGCCAAACUCCGGCAAUGGACCUUCAAUCCCACCAAAAGUACCUCUUGUGACAUCCAUGUCAAUGCCAAAACCACCAGAUGCCACCUAUAGCCCAAUCACAACAACACCUGGCGGCUUCCAUGGCAAUAGCAAUCGUUUGUCUGCGGAGGGCGGACGGCCACCUACCGAAAGAAAGCAUACCUACUACAAUCAAUCGCAAAACUCAUCAAACACCUCACUACACCUGCAAAGAACCCGCGAUGAACUCUCGUCCCCCUAUAGACCGACAACUCCAAACGGAGUAAACUCUGCGUUGAUCGUCAAGAGCAGUUCUAGCGAGCUGCCUCACAAACCUUCGAUAGAUGCACCUACCUUGCUCGAGUACAUGAGAAAAUAUAAUGUUCUACUCAUCGACACCCGAGAACGGGUUCUGUUCGACGACGGACACAUCUUGUCGAGUUCGAUAUUAUGCAUUGAACCUAUUUCCCUGAAAGAAGGCGUCUCUGCAGAAGAAUUGGAGGAUCGACUUGUGUUAGCACCGGAUACUGAACAGUCGCAUUUUUCGCGGAGAAACGAAUUCGACAUUGUCGUGUACUAUGACCAGAGUACAAGCGAUAUUUCUUAUCUAAGAGGUCCACCAACAAUGACCAAGGCCCCGGCAUUGAGAGCGCUGUAUGAUACCCUUUACGAGUUCAAUGACACGAAACCCCUCAGGGACGGACGGCCACCUGCACUAUUAUCUGGUGGUAUUGACGCGUGGGUUGACUAUAUGGGAUCUCAGUCUCUUGCGAGAUCAAAGACGGCUGCCACAUUAGGCACGACGCGGCAAAGACUUGCCGUGGGCCCUGGUAGGCCCGUCGCACGACAACGCCUGGUCUCCGCCAAUUCACGAUACGAAGUACGUAAUAGACGACUCCGAGACCACAAAUUCCUGGAUGAAAGUGAGCAAGAAGCCUGGCGGCAACAGGCGAGGGAGGAAGAGGUGACGCCAACAGAAAGAAACGAAUCCGCUAGCGACGAGGAGUAUCCUGCAACAGACGACGAACCACCUCCUCCAUCGCCAUUUGUUCCAGACUACGAAACAUUCUUGCGUCGUUUCCCAUCAGUAAAGCAGCAGGAGUCUAUGAUCAUGCCGGCGACUCGAAGACCACUUCCGUCCCAUCCAGCUGCGUACAUGCCUAAUGCUGCUCCCAGUGUACCACAGGUCCCAAUGAGGCCACCACCUGCCAUCCCUCGACCGAGUUAUUCAGGUCAAGCCGACAUCAACGCACCGCAACCGUCACUUGCAAGGGUUACCUCGGCCACCCGCCCACCCCUCUACUCAUCUGCCACUUCCGUUCGCAGCAGAAGGCUGCCCAGAACCGGCCUCACCAAUUUUGGUGUCACCUGUUACAUGAACUCCACCUUGCAAUGCUUGUCUGCAACAGUUCCUCUGUCCGCCUUCUUCAACGACCGAGUAUACGAGGGAUACGUUCAGCACAACUGGAAAGGCAGCAACGGUAUCAUGCCCAAGCUUUACGCCAAUCUCAUCCAGGCUGUCUGGCAGGGGGACAAUGAAGUCAUCAAACCUUCCACAUUCCGCAACUUUUGUGGUCGAAUGAACCGCGAAUGGGUUAUAGACCGCCAGCAAGAUGCGAAAGAGUUCUUUGACUUCUUGGUCGAUUGUCUGCACGAAGAUUUGAACGUCAACUGGGAGCGUACGCCGCUACGACCACUGACGACUGCAGAAGAGAUGCAGAGAGAGAAAAUGGAGAUCGCGCGCGCUAGUCCUAUUGAAUGGCAGCGCUACGAGCAUCGCGACCGCAGUUUCUUAUCGUCGUUAUUUGCAGGGCAGCAUGCUUCCAGAUUGCGAUGCCUGACGUGCAAACGGACAUCGACUACAUACGAAGCCUUUUACAGCAUCAGCAUCGAGAUCCCCAGAUCGGGCACCGGGCAUAUCUACGACUGUUUGAACUCUUAUUGUCGGGAGGAAAAAUUGUCCGAACUGUGGAGGUGCCCCUACUGCAAAUGCGAACGUGAAGCCACGAAGCAGAUCAUCCUGACCCGCUUGCCGCAGUUUCUGGUCAUACACUUCAAGCGUUUUGCCGCCUCGAAGCAUGAAAAGGCCAAGAAGAUACACACGCCCAUUGAAUUUCCUCUCUAUGGACUUACCAUGGACGACUUUGUCAUCCCUCGUCCACCGAAUAUGCCCGAUCAGGACGGUCAGGUCGACAUGGCGACUACGCCACCCUCCAGCUACGACGCGUAUGGCGUGUUGAGGCAUUUGGGCAACAGUGGAGAUGGCGGCCAUUAUAUUAGUUUUGUCAAGGACCAGGGCAGGGGGUGUUGGAGGAAAUUUGACGACGAGCGGAACUACGAUGUCGAUCCGAACAAGCUGUCGCCUGGUGACCGGCUGCAAAAUCCGCAGGCGUAUAUUGUGUUUUUUCAGCGAGCGCAGGCACCGCAGGCGAGGUUGACCUGAACCACAUGGGAAGCCGAUUGAGGAUUGUGAAUGUAUCGAAUUUAACAGGAUCCCUGAACGAAGUCCUU